GAGGGCUAGCAGCCCUGCGCAACGGACACCUCUUGGACGCGGAUUUCUCGACAAUGGCAUACAAGUUUGCGCAAACGAUCGUCUGGACGCGCACGAUCAAAUCCGGCGUGACUCCAACUGUCACCGCGAUAUCAACUACAACUUACGCGCGCACCUACUAUGACCUCCAAGUUGUCUCCGUCUUCUACCCACCCAAUGCGGUCGGAGAUUCCGAUCUCCAACCCACGACCACAACUGGCCAAACAACAGAUGUUUUCUUCUACAUGCCGGUGGUGUACACGGCACCGACGACAUGCUCAUCCUCGUUCGAGUUCACUACCACAGAGUUAGUGUUCAUUCCAUCCGAAGUCACGGAUCAGGUCACAGCCACGAGCAAAAAGACUGCAACAACGACCGGGUACGGAGGUGGAGUUACCGAGACCUGGUAUCUGUCUCAGAGUGCUGUUCCGUUUACAACAAGCACGGAAUAUUACUACACAGCAUAUGUUUCGCGCUGCUCUAAACCCUACCAGUACACCUACAACAGCUACUAUCCCAGCUCCACGGCGCGUUCUGGAGGCGGUAACGGCGGAUACUCUUAUACAUACUGCUAUGGAUAUGGCGGGUGCACAAGUCUCAAAGUCUGGGUUAUCAUUAUCGCAACUCUGCUCCCUUCGCUAUUCGUCCUUGGGUUUAUCGAGAGUUAUUUCUGGUUCCGGAGGCUAAUGACAGGUCAAGGAUGUUUGCGAUUCGGCACAAUAUCUUGGAUUUGCAUCUCGCUAUGGGUUGCAUGCUUCACGCGCUCGCAAUCGGCUCGUAGUAAAGAAGAUCAGAAGAUGCUGCGAGAGCAAUGGAAGAAUAUGGGAGGCUGGACACGGUUCAAGCUGUGGUGGAAAUGGGGAUUCCGACACUCGUAUCCAGUGUCUCUUCUGGGUCAAUAUUCUAGGAAUACGGUGGGGUAUCUGCCAGCGCAGACCGGCCAGAAUGGAGGAAUCCCGCCACCCAAUGGCGGGGUGCCUCCAAAUGGUGGGAUGCCUCCAAUGACUGGUAUGCCGCAGGGAUAUGUCCAGCAGCCAUACAUGCAGCAACCGUAUUCUAUGCAAGGCGUUCCGCAACCUUAUCCACCACCAGGGAUGAUGCCAUACCAACAACAGCCUUACCAGAAUCCUUUAAUGCCCGGCCAGCAACCGUAUCCAAGCCCUAGCCCUGUAUCACAGCAAUCGGCGGAGGCCGAGGGCAAACCAGCUCCCACUGUUAGCGAAGUAGCGAGCACGCCACAGGCAGCGCUAGGAGAGGUCAGCGAGGUAGCAAGCACACCACGAGCAGCGCCAGCGGAAGUCAGCGAGGUAGCGAGCACGCCCCAAGCACCAGUCAGUGAGGUAGAAAGCACACCGAGAGGAGCGGUUAGUGAAGUGGGAAGCCCGGCACCGACCCAACCCAGUGAGGUGGAGAGCAAGCCCCCAGGUGGCCACCCAAAUCCUGGAACUUAG